GAAAUUAAUUCUUGCACUGUUCUUGGAAUUUAUUUUGAGUUGUCCUUAAAAAUGUUCUUGUUCUGACACUGGUUCUUGCUCAAAUUCUGUAUACUACUCUUGCUCAAAUCUUGCAUAUUUUGCUAGUUCUUGUUUUAGUAUACCUGUUGAUCUUCUUGAUUUUUUAUUUUUGUUCAUAUGGCCACCUCUUUAGAAAGGGUGAUGAUUAUUAGAAAAUACCUAUAUGAGGCAUCCUGAUUCCUGUCUCUUGCAAGUGUUAAUCUCUAUAUCCUUGAUGUCUUGACUUUGACUUGACUCUAAGAUGACCUGAUUUUAAAUCUGCUUAGCCUCCAUGGGCUACGAGGUGAAGGGGUAGUCUUUGAAGUACCUGAUGCCCUAGAGUUUUGUUCUAUUAAUUAAUUCUAGUACUUGAGGUGCUAGAUCUUGACAUGCUGAUUAUAUCUGCUCUUGAAUCCUUUUUCUGGUUGUCAUUAUUGAAAUCUCUUUGUGGGUCUAAUCCUUGAAUUCUAUUGCUUGUUUCAUGGUUAACUAUUGUCUCUCCAUUUUGACUGCUUGGUUAAAUUUGAUCUUGAUUCUUGGUGAAUGCUGUUUUGUUGCUGAAUUUUUUGAGGCAUUCUACCUUGCACUCUUAUGUUUCAGUAUUCUUCCAAGCAUUCAUAUUUUCCACUGAUUUCAUUCUAAUGCUAUUGUGGAAAUUUCACAUGUCAUUUGAUGAGUUUAGCUUUUAACUCUUGUUAAUUGCUAAAAUCUGUCUCUUGAUUCCAGUUGCUUUGUUAAACAUGACCUUGCUUAUUGGUUAACCUUGUUGUGGCAGAAUUUAUAAGGCAUCCGUGCACUCGUUCAUUCAUUCAUGAUCCAUAUAUCCAUUGGAUGCUUAUCCGUCUUUGAUAGAGUUCAAAGUUUUGUUGUACUCGUGUUUAAAUCCAUGCCAUUUUUUGCCAACUCAUCUUGUGUUGGAUUCAUAACGUAACCCCACAAGUGUUCUUUUGUAGCCUUGGCAGGAUUUAUUUCUAUUCCUUGUACUUCUCAUAUCACCCCAACCUCCAGUAGAUUGUUUCAUGGUAAAUUUCAUUAAGUAGUUAAUGUUCUACUCUUAUGAUUAGUUGUGGUUUGAUAUCAGAGUGGCACAGCGGAAGCGUAGUAGGUUAUGUUCUGUCCAUAAAAAGUUGGUGAGGCAAUUGUUUUGUCUCGGAUUGUGUGAAGCCAUUCACCAGUCUAGAUGAUCCCUCAUUUGAGUUUUGGGGACAAAACUCCUUUUUAAGAGGGGUGGAUGUGAUACCCCAAAAAUUUCUAGAAUAAAUAAGAGUUAGGGACUGAAUUGUGGAAAAAUAUUGUUUUGGGAUUAAUAGCCAAAAUUUCAAAAGUUGAGGGACUUAAAGAGGGAAAAUAAUUGGAUAAGGAUCGAGUGAUUUUUUCUUCCUUCUUUCUUUCUUCAACCCGCGUGUUCUGCUCUUCUUCUUCUUCCCUGCAGCUGGCAAAGCCCCCAAGCCCGACAGCACCCAUCCCUUGAGAAAAACCGGUAAGAAGCUUGGAUUUUCCCCUUAUUUUCUUAUUCAAUAACCAGAUUUAAGCUUG